AUGAUCUGCGGGGCGGCGAGCGGCGCGUGCCCGAGGGGCUGCGAGUGCAAGUGGAAGGACGGAAGGAGACGGUGGCCUGCAUCAAGGCCGAGUUCAAAAGUCAUCCCGCGGAACCUCGACCCGUCCACUCAGGUGCUGGACCUCCAGUACAACAACCUCAAGGUGUUGCGCAAGGACGCCUCGUUGACAGGGUCUCGUCAACCUCCAGAAGCUUGGUGCCUACUGCCGCCCUCUGCGACGUGCCGGGCCUGCGGGACCUCCGCCUCGCCAGCAACGCCUCACUUUUCCCCCCCGAUGGACGCGUUCUCUGCCACGCCGGAACUAGUUCGUCUAGAUUUGUCGAAUAACAGUAUAUAUAGUUUAGAAGAUAAUGCAUUUAGGGGUCUUGCAAGAUUAGAAGUGUUGAAAGUGUUGGUACCGCUUAUGGCGCUGCACGGCCUGCACCUGAACGAGAACCCGUGGAGGUGCGACUGCAGCUUGCGGCCUCUCCGCCGGUGGAUGAUAGACCACAAGAUCGCCGGGAUCGUCAGCGCCAUCACGCCCGGGUCAUGGCCUCAAGCGACGAGAGCGUGUCCCUCGCCUGCCGCUUGGAGGGGGACGUCGAGGCCAACGUCAGUUGGUUUCACGGGGAAAAACGCUACAAAAAUGCGCUACAAGGUACGCGAUUCCGUCUUCAAUAACACUGCCAAAGUUUCUAAUCUGACCAUAGGAAAAGUGCGAGCCAAGGACCAGGGCAUCUACUGGUGCGUGGCGCAGAACAAGGCCGGGCGCGCCGAGGCCAACGUCACGCUGGAGGUGUCCAACGAGAUCAGCGAGUACCGCCUGGUGGCCAUCAACCCGGCCUACAUGACCGGGGGACUGCUGAGCGGCCUGGGCUUCCUCGUCACCAUCCUCCUCCUCGUCAGCUGCAUCAUCCAUCGCCGCCAGAGAGUCAGGAGGUUCCGCAGGCAGGAGGAGGACCGGGAGGGGCGGGAGAUGCUGGCGGCGGCUCAGUCUUCCAUGUCUCGGGGCUCCUCGGUGAUCGCGCAGCCCGAGGUGGCCGACUACCACGCCGUGCCCUCGGGGGACCUCGACGACGCGCCCCUGCACCCGCUGCAGGCCAAGCAGUCGUACCUGGGCCGCGGGGCCGCCAACGGCCACUACGCUCGCGAAAACUACACCGAAAAGAUCCAGCGCUACAGCGACGCCGUCUCCGACCCGCGCAGGUACAAGGACGACCUCGAGGUCGACCUCAGGCUCUCCCCAAGCACCGUGUCCUACGUCGAACUGGCCUCCAACGACCUGGCGAGGACGCGCAGUGACCUCGGGGAGAAGAUGAGCCUGAAGAACCUCGAGCACGAGACAGACAUCCUGCGGCGGGAGUGCAGUCCCACAGGCUCGGUCGUGUCCAUGAUCAGCACGGGGCCGUACCCCGACCUCCUGGACCUGCCUUACGUGCGCCGCCACGAGGAGUAUCAACAGGGCUUCCACUCUCUCAACUCCAACCUCGGUUCUAUCACCAGAAAGUAUGUGUCAUAA